CCAAUUUCAAGGAAUGGAGCUACGUCAUUGACAAGCACCUUCUGAGUCGCAAGGUCGAAGGCAUUUGUCUUAAGCAUGUCCUACUCAACCGUGGCAAAGGGAAGAUGCCCACUCCACCCAAAGAACUCCAGGCGAAUGCCACUGAAGAAGAAUCCAAGGCGCACGAAGAUCUGACAACCAAGUACGAGGAAACUUACAGUGUGUGGGAGCAGGCUGACGCUGCUAUCAUUGGCGUGUUCGUCAGCACCACUCCUUCCAAGCUCGUUAAAACAUAUCAUAACUACCCCUCCGCCCAUGUCAUCUGGGAGUACCUCAACGACCGUUUCCUCAACAAAACUGCUGUGGGGGUGGCAAUCCUCAUUCCUCGCAUGUUUCAAGUGCGCUUGGAGGAAUGCCCAGGCAUGGCAGACUAUGUGGCGGAAAUUCAGGGUAUUCAUCAGGAGCUGAAGCAGCUUGGCAUUGUUUUCCCAGAACAUGCCCCUGCCGCAGCUCUCCUCGUUGGGUUGACUCCGUCCUACAAUGUCACCCGCUCUAUGCUCCUCCACCUCCCGCCGGAAGAGCUCACCUUCGCUAAAGUCUCAUUUGCACUUCUUUCCGCCGAGAAAGACAACACCGCCCAGGCUCGAGCAAAUGCACUUCGCGCUCCAAGCUCCUCCCCUACUGCACGUCCCAAUGUGCCUCCAGCUCGCAACCGCUGCCCGCCUUGUCCCUACGUCAUUAAAAUGGGCCCUCGCGCAGGGCAGGUCUGCGGUGGCACCAAUCAUCCACUCGCCACGUGCUUCAAAAAGAAAGACGACGAGUGGUUUGCGAAGAAUGGCGUCAACUCCAAGCCACCCAAUUGGCUCCGCAUGCGCCAAGCCAACCAGCUUGAAGUUCAGACUAGUCAGGAUGCAACUGUUGACAACUCUAGUCCUGAUGUUUGUCUCAACCUGUUGUUCCCAGGCGUUGCCAUGAUCAAUGAAACCACUUCGCAGUACUCGGCGCCUGAACGCUCCUCAACACUCGAAUUCGUCCUUGAUAGCGGAGCAACCCACACCGUCCUCAAGGACAAAGUGUAAUUCAAACCAUACCAAGCACCCAUCCCUUUACUUGGUGCCGACUCGAGCUUCACCACCCUCGCCCAUGGCUCAUCCACACUUCCAUGCCCAGCAUUCCCUUCCGGCUCUGUCACUGGUAUAUGCCUUCCCACGCUAAGGCACAAUCUCCUCGCACAGCACCAAAUUCAGCGCGCAGGGGUCACCACCAUCUUCCCCGCUCACUCUAACCACUGUGAUCUCAUUGAUCCAACCUCCAACACGCGUCUCGCGCGCUUCACUCUCUCCUCCAACAACCUCUACACGCUUCAAGUGCCUCCACCUCGCACUGAAGUUCACACAACCUCCACGUGCUCGUGUCGCCACCUCUCCGACCCCACCUUGCUUUUCCACCACCGGCUCGGGCACCCCAAUUUUCGCACCCUCUCAGAGCUCGCCUCCAAGAAACUCCUUCUCCAUCUUCCCGACACUCUUCCCCCACCAUCGCCUUCACCAGCACCUCCUUGUCUGGACUGUACACAAAGUAAAUUGCGUCAAUUGCCUCACCCUCCGCCGCAGCCGCCCCCCUCGAUCUCAUCCAUUUGGAUCUCUGGGGGCCAGCGCCCAUUCAAUCCCGUGGCGGGCAUUCAUACUUCUUGGUACUCGUGGACGAUCACUCUCGCUACGCAUCCGUCCACCUCCUUUCCUCCAAAGCGGCGGUCCCUGAUACCGUCAUCGCUUGGGUUCGGCAAGCUCAAACCCACUUUCGCACCUCCGUCAAGUGUCUCCAUUCCGACGGCGGUGGCGAGUUCCGCAAUCAUACCCUUCACACAUUUUGCGCUUCGCAAGGAAUUCGCCAAACCUUCACUCUU